AUGGCCACCCAAGACGAAUCCCAUCUCACCUCGUCGUCCCAAUCGCUUUAUACCUCGACUUCGACCCUGCCCAAUUCGAAAUUAUGCUCUCAGAUAUAUAAAUCGGCCUCUCAGCUAUUCCUGACCCGUCGCCUUCAGGAAUCGCUAAACACUCUCGCCCCAAUUUUAACGACGCCAGCCACCACCGAUGACGUACAGAUCGCGAACGGGGACAGCAGCGCUUCGGCACUUGCGCCCAUUGCAUUUGCAUCCAGCAAUGUUAGGAUUAAAGUGUGGAAUCUCUACAUAACAUUACUGAGCAAUAUCGUCGAUUUGGGACCCGAAGAAGGCAAGAUAGAGUUCGGCCAGAAAGAGUGGAAGGCUAUAGUAGCCAAAGUCCGCGAUGGUUCGAUCUGGGAGGAAAUUGUACAAACAGGCUACCAAGCCCUUGAAGGCUCUGUUGAUGCAGAUGUUAUCUAUAAUUUAGGAACAUUAUUACUGACACACUGCGCAUCGCAAACGCUCAACCAACAACGGUUAGAAACAUAUCUUUCCACCUAUCACCAGCCGGACUUGGAUGUUGCCGCAUACAUGGAGAAUUCAUCAACGGGUCCGAGACGACUCACCCGUAAUGGCGGGACAGAUACCCCGAAGGAUUUGGCAGCGCGGGUGAAAAUCAUCGAGUUAUUUACUCUUCAUGUUUUACCCCAGAAUGGAGAGUGGGAUUACGCCGCGGAAUUCAUUCGACUUAGUGAGGUCCUCGACGAGGAGCGCAAAGAAGUCUUCCUCCAGACUCUAGAUGAGCUCAAAGACGAGAAAGAACGAGGAAACCAACGAGCGGCAGAGCUACAGCGUGAGAAGGAAGCAGAGAUAGAACGUCAAAUAAAAGAAGCAGAAGAAAAGCAAAAGGCUGCGAGCGCCACAGAGAAAACUCAGAAAAUUUCGAAUGGACACCAAAGAACGAGCAGCGAGGUGGAUUAUGGGAUCGACAAGAGCCAUCCGACCGGUGCAACUAAGAAUCGACUAGCCAAAGGAGGAGAUAAACCUAUACAAGCAGGCGAUAAUAAGAAACCAAAAUCCAGUGGUGCCACGACUGCAAGGCGAACAGGAUUCCCACAACCCUCAUCGUCCUCGAAAAACGUCGCGGAGAGAGAAAAGCCUGUGUCUUCCGUGUCCCGACGUAUACUCUUUUUCUACAACCUCCUUCGAAAUAUCUUGAGACAAAUUCAACACUCCGUUGCUGGGAACCCAAUGGCAUUCCUCCGUACAAUUCUUUUUACACUUAGUUUCCUUCUCGCGCUGAGCAGGCAGGAUGUCCGCGCCAGGAUACAACGACUAACUAAUUCAAGUUGGCAAAAGAUCAGAGGCACGGUUGGGAUGGGCAUGAAGGUCAGCUAUAUAUAA